AUGUCUGUUCGUUACGCCCCCAACAACAUCAAAAUCCCCAACGGUUUCCAAAACAUCCUAGAGGCUCUUGCCAGAGAGGUCCUCAGAGACCAGCCUGAAGAUAUCUUGAAGUACUCCGCAGCCUUCUUCGCCGAUAAGAUCAGAGUUAGGGAUGUCUUGACAAUGCAAACUUUCUUCACGACGAAUCACACCCGUGCCAGCAGCCGAGCCAGAAAAAGCAGCAGAGCCAGUUGCCGACCUGUCGCCGAACCUGUAGCUGAACCUGUAGCCGAACCUGUAGCUGAGCCAGCAGCUGAGGUAGCAGCAGAACCAGCAGCAGAGGUUGUAGCAGAUGUAGUAGCUGAGCCAGUCGCAGAGGUAGCGCCAGCACCAGCCGAAGAAGCAGCACCUGCUGCAGAAGAGCCGGUCAAACCAGCAACUCCAAUUGUUCCAGCCCCUCCCUCUGAACCAAAACCCGCAUCUAAAGCUUCCUUGGCAGCAGGAGAAGAGGAGAAAGCAGCAGUCAGCAUCCAAUCCCGAUACAGAGCCGCAGAACCAGCAGCAGCCGCUCCCGUAGAAGCCGCUCCAGCAGCCGAAGCUGCCCCAGCAGAAGCCGCUCCUGCAGCCGAAGCCGCCCCAGCAGCCGAAGCCGCUCCAGCAGCAGAAGCUGCCCCAGCAGCCGAAGCCGCUCCAGUAGCCGAGGCACCAGCAGCCGAAGCCGCACCAGCAGUCGAAGCUGCACCCGAAGCCGAAGCCGUACCAGUAACCGAAUCCGCACCAGUAGCCGAAUCCGCACCAGUAGCCGAAUCCGCACCAGUAGCCGAAGCUGCACCAUCUGCCGAAGCCGCACCAGCAGCCGAAGCUGCACCCGCUGCCGAAGCCGCGCCAGCUGCCGAAGCUGCACCAGCUGCCGAAGCCGCACCAGCUGCCGAAGCCGCACCAGCUGCCGAAGCCGAACCAGCUGCCGAAGCCGAACCAGCUGCCGAAGCUGCUCCAGCUGCCGAAGCCACAAUAGCAGCCGAAGCUGCUCCAGCUGCUGAAGCCGCACCCGCUGCCGAAACACCAGCAGCAGAGGCACCAGCGGCAGAGGAACCAGCAGCAGAGACACCAGCAGCAGAGGCACCAGCACCAGCAGCAGCAGAGGCACCAGCAGCAGAAGCCUCUCCAGCAGCAGAAGCCGCUCCAGCAGCAGAAGCCGCUCCAGCAGCAGAAGCCGCUCCAGCAGCAGAAGCCGCUCCAGCAGCAGAAGCAGCUCCAGCAGCUGAAGCCGCACCCGCUGGCGAAGCCGCCCCAGCAGCUGAAGCACCAGCAGCAGAGGCACCAGCAGCAGAGGCCGCCCCAGUAGCCGAAGCACCAGCAGCAGAAGCUGCACCAGCAGCCGAAGCUGCACCAGCAGCCGAAGCCGCACCCGCAGCCGAAGCUGCACCCGCUGCUGAAGCUGCACCCGCUGCCGAAGCUGCACCCGCUGCCGAAGCUGCACCCGCUGCCGAAGCCGCACCAGCAGCCGAAGCUGUCCCUGCUGCAGCCCCAGUAGCAGAUGCCGCCGUCGAAACGCCGGCAGCCCCCGCCGCAGCGCCUCCCGCAACGGAAGCAAAACCAUCUGAGUGACAAUCUCAAACUAAAAUUAAUCUGUUAUAUAGUACCUGAAUAUACCUUUGCUUUUUAAUGUUGAAGAAAAUUGGCCGACUGGGCGGUUGAUGUUGAUUGCUAUGCAAUUCAGAUCUUGUUCUUUAAGCGCGAUUAAAAGUUGUUAGAUUGUAUGAAUGGGCUCGCUAAAAUCCGAUGAAGAUGGAAACCUAACAUGUUAAAAUACAAUGGAAAAGAGGUAUAAUAGCUGAUAUAACCAAGUCAUGAGUUGUACGAUUGUGUUCUUCUUGUGAGCUAUGUAACGAAAUAUAGGUAGGUACUCUUUAAACAUUUGGUUAUGGAAAUAAGAUUACUAAAAUUCAGUCCUACAAUCUUUCAUGUGAAUUCGUUAAUUCUUUUAUUCAAGUAAUUAGUAUGAUAUGGAUUCCUUUUUGAUCUAUAUCACAUCCUGAUCGCUGCAUGAGCAGAGCGUAAACAUUCGUUCAGUUAACUUGAGUUGGGAUUUUUGGAGCUUAGAUUUAUUGCUUGGCCAGACUAAUAAUAUGCUGGAUCUCAAGAAAUAUCCUAUUCCGAUGAUAACUGCAUAAACAUCACAAUUAGUUUAACAUUUGAUUGUUCAACGCAUCCAUAACAAUUUUAGCAAAUUGGUGUUUUAGUUUUAAACAUCAUAAGUCGUUAAUCUAAAUGCUUAUGUGUUUUAAACGAUUUAUGUUUUAAAUGUAAAGUUUACUUGCACUGAUCACAAAGAAUUUAGAAUGGCAUUGUAAAUUUGGAUUGAAAGAUGCGAGUCAAAGAGAUUUCUACAAUCCUAAAGAUUAACUUCAAAGAAUCGAUUCGUAUCAAAUGCGAAACAUUAUUAAAUUCUUGUGCGAUGAAUGAUUGAAUAAAUCAAAAUAUCAAAGAGUCCAAUUUAAGUUGACUAUUUACCGAUAUAUAUAAUUUGGUAUAUCCUCCAUUGGACAGUUAUCAUCGGUUAGUAUAUUGUUAGUCAUGAAGUAAAGUAUUCAGAAUAACUAUACUAAAUACUGAAUGUGUAUAAUAUAGAGUCACAAUUUGGCCCAUUUCUCCUGAUACCAUAUAGUUUGCAGAAUGUUAAUAUAUCGCAAUGAUAUGUAAAUAGCAUUAAAUAAACUUUAAGCUUGGUUUAUACUUAUUGUGGGCGACAAUUAUAUACAGUGUGCAUGGGCCACAAGUAACGUUACAAACUUUGGCCUUUAUAGCUCAGUCACUGAUGGUAUAAGGCCCAACGUAUGCAAAUUGUAACGUUACUUUUGGCCCACCUUGUAGUUAUGUAAUACACGUUCAGAUUUUACUUGCGGAGGGAUUUUAAUUAUCUUCGUUGUAAAUUGGUUAGCAUUUAAUAUAUAAUAAUAGCUCCACCUUUUACAAGGA